AUGUCAAACAGCGGCGCAGGUGUCAACGUCAACAACAAUAACAACAACAAUAAUGGGAAUGUCGAUCAUCUGGCAGUGAUCACACAGAAGUUCAGAGAGCAGAAUGAAUUGGUGUGGACACAGCUGGGCUCGGUGGCCGAGGUGCUGGGCGACCAGGAAAAGGCCAUCUUCUCGUACGAGAACGCCCUCAAGCACAACCCAUACUCUAUCAAGGCGCUGUCACAGAUCGCUUCGAUCUUUCGCGCCAAGGAGCAGUUCCAAAAGGCCUCGGACUACUUCCAGCGCGUCGUCACCAUCGACAACAAGAACGGCGAGGCCUGGGGCCAUCUGGGCCACUGCUAUCUGAUGAUGGACGAUCUGCACAAGGCCUACACGGCCUACCAGCACGCACUCUAUCACCUGCCCAACCCCAAGGACCCCAAGCUCUGGUACGGCAUUGGCAUUCUGUACGACCGCUACGGCUCGUACGAGCACGCCGAGGAGGCCUUCACCGCCGUGCUCAAGAUGAGCAGCAACUUUGAGAAGAACAACGAGAUCUACUUCCGUCUGGGCGUGCUCUACAAGCACCAGGGCAAGUACGAACAGAGUCUCGAGUGCUUCAACAGCCUUCUCAAGAACCCUCCCAAGCCCCUCACCGCCUCUGACAUUUGGUUCCAGAUAGGACACGUAUAUGAGUUGCAGAAGGAUUAUACUUUAGCAAAGGAGGCAUACGAGACAGUGUUGAAGGAGAACCCAACACAUGCUAAGGUGUUACAACAGCUCGGCUGGCUCUAUCACCACGACCCAACCUUCUCCAAUCAGGAGAAGGCCAUCAACUUUUUGAUCCAGUCCAUCGACUCGGACCCAUCAGACGCUCAGACCUGGUAUCUACUCGGUCGAUGCUACAUGAUUCAACAAAAGUACAAGAAGGCCUACGACGCCUAUCAGCAGGCGGUCUACCGCGAUGGUCGCAACCCAUCGUUCUGGUGCUCCAUCGGUGUUCUCUAUUAUCAAAUCAAUCAGUAUCGCGAUGCAUUGGAUGCAUACACAAGAGCAAUCAGGAUCAAUCCAUACCUGAGCGAGGUGUGGUACGACCUUGGCACACUGUACGAGAGCUGCAACCAGUACUCUGACUCUUUGGAUGCCUACAUCAGAGCAGCAGAGUUGGAUCCACAGAACAAGCAUAUUCAAUCAAGACUAGCCACCCUUAAAUCACAGAUUAGCAACAAACAAAAGAAGAAGGAUGGAGAGAAGGAGGAGUUCAUUGAUAACAAGUCGGCCCCAAUGACAAUCGAACCAAACUCACCAGGCGGCAUGAUGGAGAACAGGGGCCCUGGCGGUCGCAGCAACAGUGGCAACAUUGGCGGACAAAACAAUGGCGGAGGAAACAACAAUGGAGGAAGCAUCGCCAGCAUGACAGGAGGCAACAGCAUUGGAGGCAUUGGAGUUGGCAGCGGCGGCCUCGCUAACAUGAGAGAGGCUGGCAGUGGCGGCGGCAGCAUGGGACCAGGUGGCCUCGCAAGCAUGAGAGAUGUUGGUAGUGGCAACGGCACUUCGAACAACAGCGGCGGAAACAACAACAGCAGCAGCAGUGGCAGCAUUCCCAACCUGCCCGAGAUCCUGCACGACGAGAGGAACCACAGCCUGCCUUCGUCGAACGAGCUGAACAUCUCACUGACCGACAAGAGCACGCAGAGGAACAAGGGCAAGGAUCUGAACACAGCCUCGUCACCCGAGUCCCGACACAUGGAGGAGCGAGGACUGCUGAUGGGUCUCAACGGCAGACCUGACGCAGGUGGUCUGUUCCAGUUCAGAGAUAUCCAGGACAGAGCCAGAGAGAGGGAGCCAGCCCGCAACAAUGAGGACGCCAUCAUGAGAGAGUCUGAGCCAGACUCUAGAGAGCGAAUUGCUCUUCCUGCAUUCAACAGGGAGGCCUCACCAGUAAUGGACAUUGAAAGGAGCAACAGCAUGGACAAGGGUAGUGGUAGACAUUCACUCGAGAGGAUGGCCGAUAUCGAGAUGAAGCACGGCAGCAGCAGGGACAACAGAGUCAGCGAGAGAGAGAAUGGAUCAGACAGGGAGAUGGUGGAGAGAACCAAGAAGGACAUUAUCGAAAAGGAAAGCCACGAGGACAAGCAUCAUCACACCUCCUCAGCAUUCUUGAGUGCGAUUGCUGAUGCCGCUGCAUCCAAGGAGAAGGAGACAGAGACAGAGACCGACAACGAGGAGAAGGAGAAGGAGAGCGUGAAAGAGAAGGAGAAGGAGCCAGAGAUUGUGAAGGAGAAGGAGACAGAGAAGGAGAAAGAGAAGGAACAACCAAAAACCAAUGUCGUCGAGAUGGAUGAGCCAAAGGAGUCAAGCAAAGAGACAACGACAGAGAGCACUCCAGCCACCACCACCACCAAGUCACCUCCAACAACCGAGAAGGAGCCAGACGCUAAAGAUACCGCCACAACAUCAACUACUGACGAACAAUCAAUGCAGAUCGAUGAUGACAGCUCCAACAACAACAAGAACAUCAAGAUCACUGCAACUGCCACACCACCUCGCUCACCACGUCCAGACAAUGUCGAGAAGGCUGGUCAGGAGCAGGAAGAAGCCAACAAGCGAAAGCACACAGAGAUUGACACUGAGAAUGGCUCCAGCACAGAGUCACUCAAGCGAUCCAAGUCAUCAGUGGACAGCCCCACAGAACCACUGACGCAGGCUGUCGAUGUCAAAGAGAAGGAGAAGGAGAAGGAGAAAGAGAAAGAGAUUGUUAAGGAGAAUGACGACAAGGAGAUGAAGAUGGAUAAGGAGAAUGAGAAGGAGAAGGAGAAAGAACAGCCAGCACCACCAAAGAUCGACUCAAUAAUGGCAGAAGGCUCAAAGGACAACAACACCAAUAGCAACAACAAUCACAAUCACGAGAGUGACACCGCCAGCACUAGCACUAGCACUAGUAGCAGCACCAGUACCAGCACUAGCAAUGAUGACAAGGUGAAGGAGACGACUGACAAGAACCAGGACCAAGACAAAGAGAAAAAAGACAUAGACAAGAAGAAGGAGACACUGAAGAUAUUUAAACCUAGCAGCAGCAGUCGUGGUACGACCAAGCCAAACUAA